AUGGCGAAAGAUAAGGAACGCUCCGUGAACCCUGCCGCGGCGCAGCGGAAACAAGAUAAACAAAAGAGCUUGAAAAAAGGAAAAGCAGAGGCGCUGGCACGCCGAAAUGAAAAACUAGGCCGUCGCAAUCCCGAGCGCAUCCAACGGCAAAUCAACGACCUGAAGGAAAUGCAACAGUCCGGGCAAAAGUUGCGGCCACGCGAAGAGCAGAUCCUAGAAGCCCUCGAAAAGGACCUGCGGGCGGUGCAGAAAGCAAGAGAAGCUCUGGGCGACAAGGCGCCCAAGUUCCACAGCGGUGGUUUUAGAGAUCGUGACGAUGGCGAUGGUGUACUCGGGAAGAGGCGGAGGAAUGAACAUAGCCGUUUCGGACAAGACAGCGAUAGUAGUGAGACGGAUGAGGAGGUGCGGAGGAUACCCAUGCCCCGGGACACACCCCCGCCUAUUCCACGACAAUACCAGAAGAGAAGAGGACCGGAGACAGAUUCGCAGCAUGCUGGAAGCCAGGGACCUCAUGCCCUACCAUCGAGACCGCCAGUGGUGGAAUCCAAAGCGGUCUACGAAGCCCAGCCAGAAGUCAGGAACCUACGCCAGGAAGCUAUCAACAAGUUCAUCCCUGCUGCUGUCAGGGCUAAACAGGAUGCACUCAAAGGACAAGGGAAGCUACUGGAACCAGAGGAAAUGGACAAGCUUGAAAAGGCAGGAUACCAAGCCAGAGCUAUGGAAGCAGAAAAAGACGCAAAUACCAAUAAGCCCGCUACUGGUGAUGACAGUUACCAGAGAUCAUUGGAGGAGGAAGAGAGGCGAUUCAACCAAGAACUGAGAUCCGUACAGAUCGAGGAAGUCGAGGAUGAAGAAGCAUAA